AUGCCGGUCUUCACCGAACACUCCUCCUCAUCUCGGGAUUUGAGAGUACUGCCCUCAUUUGCUCCACCACUACCUCGACUGGCACCAGCAUUCGAGCCCGAUGAUGAAAGUGGAGAGAAAUAUGAAGCAGUUGUGGUUGGUGCUGGACCAGCAGGGCUAAUGCUUAGCCUGCUCCUCUCCCGUUAUGGCCUCAGCGAUAAAUCCCUCCUCUGCAUUGAUACAAAGCCCGGCACUCUGAAGUCAGGCCAAGCAGACGGCGUGCAGCCCCGCACGCUGGAGGUCUUCAAAACACUCGGUAUCUCUACCGAGAUUGAGAAUGAAGCAUGCCAGAUGUGGCAGUUCGCAUUCUGGAACCCGUCAUCUGAUCCGAGCAAGAUCAUUGAACGCACAUCUGUCGUGCCAGAGGUUAUUCCUCCAGCUCGAUUCCGGUACGAGGCUACCAUCCACCAAGGACGGAUCGAGCGCAUCAUGGAAACUGAGUUGCUGCGGUACUCUGAGCGGGGCAUUGUGAGGAACACAAAUCUUGUGGAUGUUAAGAUUGACGAAGAGGGUGAUGCUGAGUUCCCCGUGCUUGUGACUAUGGUCACAGAUGGAGUUGAGAAGGUUGUGCGCACGAAGCAUCUUGUUGGUGCGGAUGGUGCUCAUUCUGUCGUCCGGCAGUGUAUGGGACUGCGUUUGGAGGGAGAGUCUUUGGAUCAUAUCUGGGGUGUGGUUGAUAUGGUUGCUGAAACUGAUUUCCCGGACAUUCGUCGACGAUGCGGUAUUCAUUCGCCUGCGGGAUCGGUGAUGAUUAUUCCCAGAGAGAGGAUCUCUACUGGCGAGUAUCUCACUCGUUUGUAUGUUCAGGUUCCUGAGGAAGUGCCUCCCGAGGGUGAUCAACUGUCGAAUGGAGAAGGCGUCAAGCUUGAGGAUGCGCGCCAGCGAAGGAGUAAGAUUACCCUUGAGGGAAUUCUGAAACAGGCUUCCGAUGCGAUGAAGCCAUACUCUCUUCGGCCCAAGGAGGAUGCGGUCGACUGGUGGGCUGCUUACCAAAUUGGCCAGCGUGUUUCGCCUGAAUUUAUUGUCAAUGAUUCGAAGGGGGUUGCUAGGGUUUUCAUCACUGGAGACGGUAUGUUCGCUUUAAGGGGACCUGCCAUACACACAGUCCGAAAGCAAGCGGGCCAAGGCAUGAACGUCUCCAUGAUGGACUCCUACAACUUAGCCUGGAAACUCAUGUAUCAUAUUAACGGACUUGCACCAGAACCCACAAGCACCGGAGGUCCAUCUUCAUUACUUGAGACAUACCAGACGGAGCGACAUGAAAUCGCUCAACAGCUCAUCGACUUCGACCGGAAGUUCUCUACCAUGUUCUCCGGCCAAAUGGGUGCGACUGAAGGACUGACCCAAGAAGAGUUCCAGCAAGCCUUCAAGCUCGGUAAUGGUUUUACCAGUGGCUGUGGCGUGGAAUAUCCAGAGAACAUGUUGGUUGUUCGGGAUGGUCUCACGGAUGAUGCCAAGAGCAAAAGUCCGGUCCAAGGAACAGAUUACCUAUCUGGCAUCCUCAGACCAGGUCGUCGACUGCUCAAUGUUCGGCUGCUGCGACAUUCUGAUGGGUGGCAGAGGGAUAUCCACGAUGACACUCCCUCCACUGGCCGCUUCCGCAUUCUAUCUCUCACAUCGACCGACCUUCUGGAUCGGAACAGCGCCUCUGCGCAGACACUAGAGAAAGUAACUGAGCUGAUAGCGCAGUUCCCCAAGUCUACCAUCGAACAGAUUAUCUUGCAUCCCAAGCUGCAUCGGUCAUUCGGGUGGGAUGAUGUGCCGGUGUGUGUGAAGCAGGAGGCUGAGAUGCGCUUCUAUGAUGGCUCUGCAUUGGAUAAUGCGUAUGCUAUCUAUGGUGUAGACCCGGUGCAUGGUGCAUUAGUUGUUGUCAGGCCCGAUGGGUAUAUUGGUGUUGUUGUCUGUCUUGGUGAUGUGCAGCGAGUGGAAGAUUAUUUGAAACGGUGCAUUCGCACUGUUUGA